CGCUGACCACCAGUGGCCAUUUUAAUUCAAUCGAUUGCUCAUUUAACUUUUCUCACAGAGCAUGGCUCACAGGUUUUCUUCUGUGGUGCGAACGAUCAGCAGAGAUCCCCGAAUAUUUCUCCACCGUCAAAAGCGUCAUUUCAGCCCUGUCUUAUUAUCACGAAGCAUGGUGAGUUAUGUAUUUUGAGCAGUUAUGACGUUCACGCAAAACGUGAGAGAUAUUCUCCUACAAAUUACGCGCGGUCCUUUUUAAUUUUAUGUUUGAGGUAAUAGUUAAGCUGUAAAUCAAAGAAAACGCCUCAUUUGAUAUAUUUUUUCUUUCUUCUUGUCUCCUUUUCAGUUGAAAAUAUGUUGUUAUCGUAAUGAAAAGUUUCCUCUCGGUCACUCCUCAGAGUGAUAGAGUUAAUAUACAUUUAAAGAAGAUACUUCAUAUAUUUGUGGCCAACAGGCUUCAAGAAUUGAGACUGAUAGUUUUGGAGAAAUAGAAGUUCCAGCUGGUAAAUACUACGGAGCGCAGACAGCGAGAUCAAAGCUGAAUUUUCCUAUUGGUGAUGAAACUGAACAUAUGCCGGUAUGUUGAUCAUGAUCUUCUCCUACAAAUGACAUCUUGUUCUAGAGUACAUUCAGGUAGAUAUUACUUUAUACCAAUAAAAUUUGCCAGUGUAUACCUUUUACCAACCUAGUUUGGGGUCUGCAUGACAAGUUACAGACCAAAUUUUACUCUACUUAUGUUUGGCCCAAGCGUAAAUCAGGUCAUCAAAUUAAGUGGAAAAACCAAGGUUCUAUAACUUACAGAACGGACCAGGAAACGAGGUUAGGAAGAUAUUGAUUAUCUCUAGGUUUAAGUAGAGGGGGAGUUUUUAAUUGAAACAAAGUUUUGAAUUUAGCAGGUUGCGCAGUGAAAUGUAACCUGCUAAAUUGACCAGUCAUCACCCAUGUACUAACUGAAAGAUCUAAUAAGUUAAACGAAUUCUGGCUUCUCCAAUGUUAGUAAAGGUAUUACUUAAAGCAAUUAUCUACCUAGGAACACUUUUUAUCAGUUAACAGGAAAGGUUCAGAGAGAAUGUAAAAGAACUGGUGGGUGAUAUUUUUUAACCAUGAGCUAUUACAACUGGGCAUUAUUCAACAAAAUGUAAUGAUGGAAAAUCGUUUGGUUACUGGUAAUAGUGUAUUGUUGUUUUUGUCUUUUUUCUGAUAGGCUCCAGUGAUUCGUGCAUUUGGUUUCUUGAAGAAGGCAGCUGCAGAGGUCAAUAAGGAGUUUGGUUUGGAUGCAAGUGUAGCUGAUAACAUCAUGAAAGCAGCAGAUGAGGUACAAAACAUUGGAUUAACCCUUCAAUUCCUAAGAGGGACUAGCAUCUAAUUUCUCCUUAUAAUGUCACACUUGAAUUACACAUUAAGGUGAUGAGAAUAAAAGAAAUGAUCACCAAGAAAAGAAGUUCUCAAUUAUUAACAAAUUCUCCUUGUCAGCACCUCAGGAAAUGUAUAUAGAGAUUAGUAUGGAGAAUAUAUAUAUUGAUGUUGGAGAAUAUAUAUAUUGAUGUUGGAGAAUAUAUAUAUUGAUGUUGGAGAAUAUAUAUAUUGAUGGUUAAUGAAUCUAAAUAAUAUUGAAAAGGUGAAAACUUCAUUCAGUACCCCCUGGGUUUGGGUCUUGGGUGGAUAAUAGGGUUGAAUUCUUGUGCAAGACACAUAGCUGUCGCAGUGCCUCUUUUCAUCCAGGAAUUUAAAACCAGCAUCUGUCACCUGUCAGGGGAACUUGGUGAAUUGCCUGGAAAUAAACUACUGUAAACUAGAUCCCUCUGAUGGGAAGAAAAAUGCCUCUGGUUGUAUUACUUUUGGAUGAUAUUACAGACAAAUUGAGAUAUGCUCAAGCAGUGUGGCUAUCUUAUGUUACUCACUCCAAAAAAGCUGCAAAUUUGUGGAGUUAUAAUUGAUAAAUAUUAAAGGUAUUAAUUGGAGCAUCUUUGAUUCCAGGUGAUAUCUGGGAAGCUGAAGGACCAUUUUCCCUUAGUUGUUUGGCAGACAGGUUCUGGGACACAGUCCAACAUGAAUGUUAAUGAAGUGAUCAGUAAUCGUGCCAUUGAGCUGAUGGGUGGCGAGAUGGGAUCAAAAAAACCUGUCCAUCCUAAUGAUCAUGUCAACAAAAGCCAGGUCAGAGGCUUAUUUUAGUUUGCUUAAUAUUAGGGUGGGGAAAAGGAGAGAAUCCUCAUAUAGAAUGAUGUCAAAGUGCAAAGUUUUCACAAAUCAUGAGGGGCUACACAUCUUUCUCAAUGAUGUGAUUCAUCUGGUGGCUUACCCUUCAGAAUGUUCUGGUGAUUUCAAUUAACUUUGCAAUGGGAGGGGGGAGGGGGGGAGGAGAGAAGAGAGAAAGGCAGGGAUCCAGGUGGCCUUAUGAUCGUUGACUGUGUUGUGUCUCCAUAUUUUUUUCAUGAUCACUGUAACCAAUAAAAAUAGCUCCUUUAUGUUUUAAUAACAAUAUUUUUCUCUCUGAUUACAGAGCUCUAAUGACACAUUUCCAACGGCAAUGCAUAUAGCAGCAGCAAUGGAGGUGCAUGAACGUCUCUUACCAGGACUAAGAAAGCUUCAUGGUGCACUUCAGGCUAAGAGCACAGAUUUCAAGGAUCUUGUUAAGAUUGGUAGAACACAUACACAGGUGAAUUGUCUGAUCGUGUGUCUUAACAGACCGCAAUUGUGUCACAUGCUAAUUACCUUUUACAGCUCAGUGGAAAUCCUCAGAAGUUUGAUGCUUUCUCUUUCUUUGUUUUCCUCUGUUAACCCCCUUCACUCCCAAGAUCUGAUUAUUAAUCUCCCCUCCAGCUGCUACACAUUUCUCUGUAAACUAUUUACAAGAAUUUGGUGUAAGAUCAAAGCAAUGAAUUCUACCUGAUAAGUUUGAGUAUCCUCAUAACUUUUUUUCUGAACAAUUUCCAGAUAUUGGAGGAAGAAGCUACGUGUUAAUCACUUUUAAAAAUCAUGAACAUUAUCAACUUCUCAUGAAAAGAAUCCCAAUGAAAUUUAUCCCAUAGCCCUGGUCAAUAUACAGUGAGUUGCAUAGCAUAUGAACAAUGUGUUGAUUAUCAUUGGAGGAUUUGAUUAAUCAUCACCUUUUACAUGUUUUCAUUUUUACAGGAUGCCACGCCCAUAACUUUAGGCCAAGAAUUCAGUGGUUAUGUUAAACAGAUAGAGUAUGGUAUUGCAAGGGUGGAGGGCACCCUUACAAGAGUAUAUGAGCUGGCUAUUGGUGGAACGGCUGUGGGCACAGGACUGAACACAAGAAUAGGAUUUGCUGAAAAGAUGUCAGCUAAGAUUGCAGAGUACACUAAGCUACCAUUCACAAGGUGUGAAUUAGACAGUUGAUUUGGAAUAAAUAUAUUACUCUAAGUACUGUUCUAUGAUAUAUUCAAAAUGUUUAGGAUUGUUAAUUUGUAAGUUAUGAAAAGCAGUUACUAUUUGGCAUGUAGCUUCAUGUAGUUAUGAAUUUUUUUAUUUAUUUUAUUGCUUUGCACCUUAUUUUUAGGAGAUGAUGUAAUUUCAGGACAAACAAUUUUAAUUAGUGGGCCAUCAUUUUUUGAAAAAACAGUUUUUUCUUUAAUUUACUUUAAUUUUGAACACCAAUACUUUACUUUAAUCUUGAACACCAACAAGACUUCAUGCAGUUAUUUAAAUUAUUAUCUUCUUUGUUUCCUUUAGUGCACCAAACAAAUUUGAAGCCCUUGCAGCUCACGAUGCCAUGGUAGAGCUUCAUGGAGCACUCAAUGUGAUCGCUUGUAGUUUGAUGAAGAUUGCAAAUGAUAUCAGGUUUUUAGGCUCAGGUCCUCGCUGUGGAUUGGGUGAGCUGACGCUUCCUGAGAAUGAACCUGGGAGCAGUAUCAUGCCAGGUAACAACACAAUUCAUAACACUAAAGUACUGAACUGUUUCACUCGUACAGAAUCACACAGGGUUCACUGAAUCCUGAGCAGGUAUGAUAAAACAGUUUGGCAGUGGUGGCUCUCUAUUGGUUACAGAGAAACCCUUAACAUUACUCUUACCCUGCUUCAUGUACAGUGUACAUGUAUCAGUUUAUAUUAAUGCUCUUCCCCCUAGAGGCCAAUUGAAAAUGUUUUGCUUACCCAAGUUGGUGCUUAGAGCACUUUCCUAUUGUUUGUUGUUAAUCACAGCCAAGGUAAUUAGAACAGCCAAUCAGAAGAAAGGAAAAUACCCUGAAGAACCAAUGAAAUUCAAAGUGAAAACAAGCAAAUUUCCUAAACAUAAGAAAGUGGGUGUGGCCAAGUUAUAAUUGGUUCAAGUUUUGCAUCUAAUUGGUUGAGUGGCACAAGUUUUCUAGUCCAAUUACUAAGGGAAGUUAAUCUAAUCCAUUUGAAACUCCAUCAAAAAUUGAGUAAGGAAUAUAAUGAUAACUUGUUUACAAGUUUCCUGUUUUGUUCAAUUAGGCAAGGUUAACCCAACCCAAUGUGAAGCCAUCACCAUGGUCGCAGCUCAAGUCAUUGGCAAUCAAACAGCUGUGUCAGUUGGUGGAAGUAAUGGUCAUUUUGAAUUGAAUGUCUUCAAGCCAAUGAUAAUCAGAAAUGUUCUGCAGUCAACACGGCUUAUUGGAGAUGCCUGUGUAGCCUUUACAGAUAACUGUAUUGUGGGAAUUCAAGCUAAUGUGGAUAGAAUCAACCAGUUGCGUGACGAGUCACUCAUGUUAGUGACAGCAUUGAACCCUCAUAUUGGUUAUGACAAUGCUGCUAAGAUUGCAAAGAAAGCUCACAAAGAAGGCACAACUUUGAAGGAAGCUGCCAUAAGCCUGGGAUUGUUAACAGAAGAACAGUUUGCUCAGUGGGUGAGACCAGAGGACAUGUUAGGACCAAAGUGAAAAAUAUUUAACAUUGGUGGGACAUGAGUUGAAGCAAAAUGAAAAACCUCAAGUUUUCAACUCAUUUUUUCCAACUUUUACUAGGUUUUAAGACAAUUUAUCAAGUUUACAACUGAGCUAAUUUCAAAGCAUUUGCUACAAAACUUCUUUUGCAAUCCAGAUGCAGUAUUGGUAAUCCAUUUAAUUUAAAGACAAUACAAAUAGAUGUACACGUACAUGCUGUUCUUCAAAUUAAAUGCCAACUAUUCCAGUGCAGUGAAAUUACACAAAGGGGUGAUUUCAAAAUUAAAGUACCUGGCUGAGAGUUGCACAAAAAUAACACCUCCCAGAAACAUAAUGUGUUUAAUUAGGCCAAGCUGUGUUGUGGAUUUGGGUUGUAUUUUUAAUGUUAUUCAGCAAUUUGUGAAACACAGCAGCUGUGACUUGGUGGUAAGGCAAUAAAGUAAAUUUGCUGUUUCAUCAACUGAGUUUUUCAUCUGUCUACGAAAACAACUUUACAAAUCAAAAAUGCAUUUACUUUUCUGGUUCCCUUCUCACUUGUACUUCAGAGUAUUUUUAUCAUUCAACCUUGUUUUUAACUCUUGAACUCCCAUGAGUGACCAAGACAGAAUUUCUCCUUACAAUAUCAAUGCAAUAUCAACCAGAUAAGUGACAAGAAUAACAAAAAAUAUCAGUUUGGGAAAAAUUAGUUGAUCCAAUACUAAAUGUAUGGUUGACAGUAAGGAGAAUAAAAAAUUUGAUCAGG